AUGAGGCCCCUCACAGAACCAGAGACCAAGACUCUCUUCGAGAAGCUCGCGACGUACUGCGGAAAAGGCAUAUCAAACCUUAUCGCCGACCCUACGGGCGGUAACGAUCGCAAUGUCUUCCGCGUCCAGGGCUCACGUGUCUACUACGUUCGCGAAUCCCUCGCCAACCUCGCCACAUCUGUCGCGCGCGACAACCUCCUCUCCCUCGGAAUCUGCCUGGGUAAAUUCACCAAGACGGGCAAAUUCCGCCUCCACAUUACCGCGCUGAGCGUCAUCGCACCGCACGCACGAUACAAGGUGUGGGUCAAGCAGAACGGCGAGAUGCCGUUUUUGUACGGCGGUAAUGUGCUCAAGGCGCAUGUGGGACGGUGGAGCGAGGACUGCCCUGAGCAUCAAGGUGUUGUUGUGCUGAGUAUGAACGAUACGCCACUGGGUUUUGGUGUGAGUGCACGAUCGACGGCUGAGGCGAGGAAGUUGGACCCUACAGGUAUUGUCACAUUCAGACAAGCGGAUAUCGGCGAGUACCUGAGAGAGGAAGACACUUUGUUCACGACUUGA